AUGGCAUGUUCAGAUAUAGAUAACAUUAUAGAUAAAUUUAACGUUUUCACUGAGAAACCAGCGAAAUUUCUAACAGUGCAAACCGAUGUAAAAGAUGAUUUAAAAGACUUGGUGAAAUCUCUUUAUGAUUACACGAAAAUACAAGAGAAAGUUGAUAAGAAGGUUCAAAGGAGUGCAUUAACUGAGUUAAUUGUCCAAGAUUUCGAUGAAGAACAAGUUUGGCAACAAAUUGAGCUUCAAAAUGCCGAGUGUUGGGACCAGCUUGUCUGGGAAGUUGCAAACUGUAUAUCAACUAAAACUGACCUAACAUUUCCUGUAACGACUGCUAAAGAUGCCACUAAUGGUGUUGAAGAGUCAGGCGAGGAAACUCCCACGUCCGAGGGUGAGCAAUCAGACAAUGAACCGGAAACCAAAACUCAGGUUAAAAAACCUAAAAGAAAUGUAGCUUUACCACCUAAAUCCAAAGGAAAACCGUCGAUAGUCGAUGAUCAGUUCUUCAAGUUACAAGAUCUGGAGAAGUUUUUGAUUCAAGAAGAAAAGAAAGACGGAAAGGCAGGGUCUGAUAGUGAGGAAUCAAUAAACAUGUUCGAAGAGAUUGAUGAUGAAGAUUCUGCAGAUGAAGAAGGUGGUAAAGAAGCAAUGUACAAUGAUUUCUUCUCACAGGAUGGUGAAGAAGAUAUUGAGCAGAGUGAAAAACUUAAUGAUGAUGAUGACUAUCUAGAGCAUGUUGAAGAUGAAGACGAUGAUCAACAAGAAAACGGAGAAGCUGAAGAAAAUGAUAAAAGUGAAGAAUCUGAACAAGAGAUACCUAAGAAAAAUGAUAAAAAAGUUAGAUUUGCAGAAGCGGAUCAAUCAUCAGAUGAUGAUUCAGAUGAAUCAGAUGAUGGAGCAGUACCAUCAAGUAACAAAGCAACUGACGAAAAGAAGUCUGAAUUUGAAAUGAGACAAGAAAGAUUAAAAAAACAAAUUGAGAAGUUAGAAGAAAGAACAUUAUCGGAAGCUCCCUGGCAGUUAAAAGGAGAAGUAGAUGCAAUGAAACGUCCACAAAAUUCUUUAUUAGAAGAAGUAGUUGACUUUGAUUUAACAAGUCGACCAGCGCCGAUAAUUACUGAGCAGACGACCAUAACACUAGAAGAUAUUAUCAUACGUAGAAUCAAAGAUAAAGCUUGGGAUGAUGUAGAAAAGAAAGAGAAGCCUGUGGAUGACCAGCUUGCAUUCCGUAAAACCGAAAUACUUGAUUACUCUAAGAGCAAACAGAGUUUAGCUCAGGUGUAUGAGGCGGAGUAUCUCAAACAAAAGCAAACUCUGUCUGGUGAAGUUGAGGAGGAGAAGGAACCAGAAGCUCAUACGGAAGUUCGUGAGGCUAUGAGUAAGUUGUUUGCGAAGUUAGACGCAUUAUGUCAUUAUCACUACACUCCGAGAGCUCCGCAAGCUGAGGUUAAAAUUGUAAGCAAUAUACCAGCUAUAUCUAUGGAGGAAGUUGCACCAGUGGCAACCAGUGAUGCUGUAUUAUUAGCUCCGGAAGAGAUUAAAAGGAAACGUAAAGGGGAACUGAUGAGUAAAGGUGAACGGACACAGACAGACAAGAAUAGAGAGAGAAGGAGAAAGAAAAAGCUGCAGAAGGCUAAAGGCAACAUUACUAAAGUAACAGAACAUCGGAAUACACAGAAAGGAUUGCAGACGGAUGAUAAGUCGUUGAAGACUUCAAAGGCUUUCUUCCAACAACUGAAUGAUGACUCAACUAGUGUAAUUAAAAAAAACCGUAAUGUUAAGAAUAAAGGACAAUAA